AUGGCUACCAAGAUAUUUGCCCUCCUUGCUCUUUUACAACAACUGCUUCCAUUCAACCAACUGCCUGUGGCGAACACUGCCGCAUACCUGCAACAACAGCGGUUGCUGUCAGUUAACCCAGUGGCAGUUGCUAACCCAUUGGCUGCCACCUUCCUCCAGCAACAACAAUUGUUGCCAUUCAACUAG